AUGCAGACGACCGAGCAGGCAAUGCUUCUGCAUGCCGUAUAUUUCGCGGCCUUUGGCCACCUCAAUGACUCUCAACUCCGGCAAAGCCCAUUCCAGUCGAUCGUGGAAGGCCAAACGUCCUUGUUCCGGAUGGUCCAAAGCAUGUAUCAUUUCCAUUCCCAAGCACGGCCAUCCGACACCCUGAUCCUCGCCCAGGUCGCCGUGUUGCUGAGCUUUUGGAGCCCGUAUGACAGCUCCGUAGAGGUCAACAGCUUCUGGGCCGCCGAGGCCAUCCGGCAUUCCCUGCAAUCGGGGCCUUUCGAUGCUCCUGCUCCCACCAGCGGUCAGAAGCGGAUGGUCAUGUGGUGCAGCCUAGUCCGCAAUCGAACCAUUGUGCUCGGACUGCGUCGCCCUCGAUUGCUUUUCGACGCUGUCGACCCAGGGCGGCUGCCUGAACCCGAGGAUUUCCGAUAUUCAUUGACCGCGUCAUCGUCGUCGUCGGUAUCAAGCUGGAAAAAGUCAGACCGAUGUGCCGCGGCUGCUUUCAUCUUCUUGUGUCAACUCUCCAGGAUCAUGGCCGCCAUCAUCAAGUCACGCACCGCAGUCCAAUGGGUGCCAUGGUGGCAAGACAGCCUCGGGAUGGGACAAUUCUCUCGAGUCGGUCAUGCGAUGGAGCUGGAACGCCGGCUCAACGCGUGGGAUCAGGAGUUUGAGAGGUGCUACCACGCUCAGGGCGUCCAUUGGGUGGGCGACGAAGACUAUGCAUAUCUUCACAUCCUGUCAAUCAUGCAUAUGGGCACCCGUGUCGCGCUCUGGGAAGACCAACUUCUCUCAUGGUCCCUCUCCAAGGCAAACACCACGUCUCAAAUGCUCUGUGACUUGGCCUUUCUUAAAAUGAUCGAAAUCUCCUCGGAAAUCGCUCAGCUCGUCCAAGUGGUGACCGACCAGAUCCGGGGCGAGUUUCUGCCACCCACCCUAUUAGCUUGGCUCAUCGUCCCCAUCGCGACUCAGCUAUUGAAGGCGAAUAACAGCCAACGACAAGACGUGAUUUUCGAGAACGACCCAGAGAGGAGCAAGCCAAAUGCUAUGGUGAGGACGUUGGGCCUUCUGAAACCCCGAUUUCAAGGCGCUGGGUUCGUGGCCGAGAUGAUCGAAAACCUCUACGAUGCCUUCCUCCACCCGCUGGCGACGUCGCGGUCGUUGCAGCGGCGAAACCACCAACACCAGUACGACUACCACGAGGAAGACACAGGGCUUUGUUCUCGACUUGUGUCCCCGAAUCCUCACGAAGGGAACGAGGCUGAACCCCAACUUCUGGCAAGGAUUGUCCGUUUCAUUCAGCGUGGCCUGUCCAUGGAGAUAGUUCAUUUUGUGGCAUGGAACCAAUAA